ACCAUUUUCACUGUUGUGCACUGAAAGCACUGAAAUCUUUAGGCUUUCUUCUCGAUUUUAGUCGCCUUAGAACGAUUUAUAUCAAAAGCAUUAUCCGAGAGCAUAGAAAAGACACACCUCUACCACUAUAGAUUAGUUUUUUGCCCUGCCCAGCUUGAUAGAUGUGGUAAAAGCAUUGCCUCCCUCAACGCAGACGUCCCUAUAGGAUGGUUCAGAACAAAAGAAAGAUGCAUAAUAAUUGAGGCAGAUUCUUGUGUACUGCAGCAGACAAUCGCCUUAUCUGGUCAUGGACAUUAUCGUAUCAUUUUCUGCCAAGUUUUGGAUUGAGUCGACACUAUAAAAAGAACAAACCAUAAGGCGAACAACGUCGAUUUAACACGCGUUAGCAAAAAGAUUGAACAGAGACGGGGACGGGGACGAUAUCUCGAUACGUGUGCCCCCUGUGACGUAACGUACAGUCUCUCUGACUGAGCUGGGCCAAGAUAGGAAAAUGGAUCUACUCAGUCUGGUGUAAAUUGUAAAGAAUUAAGGAAUACAACUAGUCUUGCCCUCUGCGAUGGCCGAGACGGAAAAAGAGGGGAAAUGUGAACCGACGCUCGAGCAUCGGCCAAGUCGCUCGAGACUUCUCUCCAAGCAGAGCGAGGUUGAAGAGUUGGAGGAGGAGGACAACAGUCCGAGUUCCGAAACCUCUGACGCUACAGUCGUCGCCGCGGGCGGUGAGACCCCUGUGAUACGUACGCCCGGUGGAUCACCAGAACAAUCACCAACAGAAAAGAAAAGUAGUGAUAGCGACUCGGGUCCGGAUCGAUUCAAUGGCGACAGUGAAAUUAGCAAUGGAAAAUCAUCACAGCCUCCCAAUAACAAAGUCAAGGUGUUGGUACGAAGUCAUGCCCUGCGGGACGAUAUGUCACCACCACCGGACGACCAUGCGGCGAUGGUUAACGUAGCAGUUAACCUCUCACCCUCACCAAAUACUCUUGCACCGUGCUCUGUGCAGCUACCCAAAUCCUCAUCACGCGGCCGAUUAGAAAAGGAUAAUUCUCAAAGUUCCGACAUAUCUCAAGUUUCGGGCACUUCACCAUGUCUUUCCCGUGAUUCGAGCGUUGAACUCUACACGGACUCAACGGGUACAGAUCUGGAGGAAUUUAUUAAAAUGACUCUCAAUAAAAAUCCAAAGGAUCGGGUGAUGCUUUUACGAUUAGAACAGGAGUUGACGAAUUUCAUAAAAGACCCAAAACGAGAUUUACAUAAGUUUCAAAGCAUGACAUCAUAUCAUCGAAUGAUCGUCCAUCGCGUGGCAGCGUUCUUUGGUCUCGAACACAACGUGGACCAGACAGGCAAAGCCGUGGUUGUCAAUAAAGCCACAUCAACUAGAAUUCCAGAUUUCAAGUUCCGGGAACAUAUACGAGAUGAGGGCUCCCAAGACGAGCCCAAGAAGUUAAUCUUGAAGAGAGAAGGUGCUAGUUUCGACGAGGGCAAAGAGGGUCGUAGCCCUGAUCGCCAAUCGUCGUUUGACGGUAAAAAACAGAAAUCUUUUGAGGAGAGAGAGGAAGAGUAUGAGAAAGCAAGGGCUCGGAUUUUUUGUCAAGACUCAACCUCCUCAGCAGGUGAAGGUGAAGUUGUCGUUUCACUAGGUAGUAGACCGAGUACGAGACAUUCUAGUACUCGGAGUAGCAAGGAGGACCUACGCUGGGGCCCGGAAAUGCGACCAUGGAGCAGCACGGACUCGAGCGGGUACGGCACCGAUAGUUCUAGUCGUGGUAACGUGGCGAUGACCAAGGCCAGUAGCUUCGGGGGAGUAGGCGGCGUCACUGUACUUAGUCGCGGCGAUAGCCGGUCAACGAGUAGUGGAAGGAUUUCUAAAACUGACUCAUUAAGUAGUGGUACUUCUAGUAAUCUGAGUAGUCCCAUGACGCGGCCGCCUCCUAUCCCAUCAUCACCGCCAACAAUACCACCAGAAAAACAUAACCAGUCAACGUCUACAUGUCCAGAUAUCUCUAGUAAAACUGUAGGAACCAGCACUAGCCCUGCUGCUGAUGCACCUCCACUGCCGUUCAACUUGGAUCAAAACCAGUCUGUUGUCUGGGUGGCCUCUAGUGUAGACACUAUACCACCAGGGAGCAUAAUAAUAAACCAACACACGGGCCAGCCCUACUUUAACCAAGACGGUACUGUGUACCGCUAUCAUCCACCAUCACAGGCUACUCCACCGCCAACCUCGGCACCACAGCCGCCAGCCAGUCUCCCCGUGGCGCAGCCUAAUCCAACCACUGCCUUUCAACCCCUGACAUAUCCUCAGUCAUCACCAUCACAGAGACAGUUCUCUAUGGAGUCUGCUGGCGGCUCAGACCUUGCACCUUCGUUCACCAAUCUCACUCUCUCAGCACAAUCAUCAAUUGAAAGCAACCCGGAGUCAAAUCAGGUAGCUACCAUACAGACAUAUCCGGCGUCUCCACAGCAGGGGCAGGCGCCUCCUGGUGUUCAAUCGCAAUAUCAAUUUAAUCCCCAGGUCUCAUACUAUCAGAGUGGCCAGGUUCCAGCCUCUGGCCAGCAGCCUCCCCAAUAUGUCUAUCCAGUGAACUACAUGCAACAAGGACAAGUCAUCCAAGGCUCCACUUCUCAAGAAGUCCCUGGGCAAGUAACCGGGCCACCUGCCUCACAGAUGGCUCCUAACGGACAAUACCCGAGCCAGUCGUAUAACCAGGCGUACCCAAACUACCAAGUCUUACAGCAGGUUCAGCCGAACUCGGAGGGAUACCAACCGGGCACUUAUUACACGUACCAGGCAGUACCUCAGCCAGAAACAUCACAGAGCUUCUCGACGUAUACGUAUCCUCCAGGGACUGGGAGUCAACCUGGGUACUCUGGUGGGCCACCUGUUUAUUACUCGGUACCGCCGACAACAGGGACGCAACAUAUGACUUACUCCAACGUGACGGCAUCGCAGGGUCAAUCAAGUCAGGGUCAGUUCCGGCCAAAGACGCCGCCAGGACAGAUCCCAGCGUGCAGUAGUGCGACGGUCAUGUACACAAGUGGCCAACCAGUGACUCUAAAGCCUGGGCAGCCAUCAAGUGUAAACGCAGCGGGAACACCGCAACAAUUUGUACCGUAUUCACCUUUUGCGCACAUGGCAUCACAGCAAGCUCAACCAACGCAGAGAGCUCAGUCGCCACAAAUUGUGUACAAUACAGCGGUGCCAGCGCAAGCAGUCCCUGGCGGAUUUCCAAUCGUUAGACCAAAUAUGCAAAUGAGUAUGCAACAGAUUCAAUCUCAUACGACGCCUCCCCCAUCUCAGGGGACAUUACCACAGUUUGUACAACAGCCACCAGCCGGUGCUUGUCAGCAACGGCCGAGUUCUUGUGAAAUGUACGGUGCCGACUCAAUGUCGAAAGAUCAGCGUGUUGUGCAAGGACAGGGACAUUUGCCUGGUACGGUUACGCCUCCUAUGGUUCAGAAGGCGCCAUCGCCCCAACAGCUGCCCCCUGGUGUUCAGUUUCGGGCGCAGCUGAAUCCCGGCGAGAUACGGAUGAUUCAUCAGCCUCUCCCGCACCCCUUCCGGCCGCCAGUUCAGCCACUCUUUGUCAGACCAAGAUUCGUGCCGCCAAUACCGAUGGUUGGUAAGCCGCUGCGCAAGGUGAAGAGCCAGGGAAGCAAGGAUAGCCAGCAUAUGCUGUCACCGCAGUCGAGUCAGGAUUCCGUAGAGAGUGCGUUAUCAGGCAAUAAUGUACUAGAAGUGUAUGAUCUUCCACCGCACACGAAAUGCCACGAACUUGAGCAGCUUCUCGAUGAUCUGAUCACACAGGGUGCCAAAAUACAGUAUCUGACAGAACCUCACAUCAAGAACAAACCACACCUACUGGUGUCCGAGUGCACAGUCCUGGCUGAAUGCCCGUCGCCAGCUGCUGCUCAAAAUAUAUUGGCCAAUCAUAAGAACCCUCGCUAUAAGCUGCGUCACCGCCAUUUUGUCCUUCCAACUCCAAGCGUGGCGAGUUAAUGAUUAUUAUUUUUGUAGGUCUUGUAUUUAUAAAAAAAUAUGUGACGUUUUCGGUUGGUGUCCAAUUCUGGCCACUGGUGGUGAUGAAUGUAUGAAACCAAUCUUGACCUUGUGAUACAAACUCAUGUGGAGCAUUCGAGCGCAGACUUUACCGACUCUGUCAACAACCCAUGUUGGUGAGGCCUCGAGUCUCGGUGUCAAAUACGAGGUAUGACUGAGCGGGGCUGUGGAAAGGUUCAAUACGAUACUAAGUACCCAGUGUGUCUUGCCAUGCCUGUGAUUCUAAUCAAAACAUUCGCCACCUUGGUACAGAAGUGGACACCAUGCCGUGAACAGGAAUAUUAAUGAUUUUGUACUGUUGUUGAAUACAUUGUAUAAUGGUGAAUACUAGUUCUACUACUAAUAAUGCAUUCUUGUGGGUGUGGGGAUUGUAGUCGUUUUUGUACCUUGGGGAUUUGAAACAUUUUGGAGAAAUUUCACAAAAUAGAAUUUGAGUUUUCUUCAAAAUGUAAAAAUGGAAUGAUGUCAAUGAAAUGUUAUUAGCAUUGAGGUUUUCCUCUUCAAUUGUGGGAGAUUUGCUGGCAAUACAUGUACAUGAAUGUCACAAACCCUAUUGUUGGGCGGGGUGGUAUUCCUGUGUAUUUGACCCUAUCGUUCAUAUACUUGGGCCCAGUUCCUGGCCUGUGCCACUUGAAAUAUAAAAGGGAGAUCUUUCAUGAAACUUAGUCAGCAGGCGAGUCCAUUCUUAACUGGUUCAGUUAGCUCAGACUUCCUGAAAGUUUGUAGAAGUUUUUGGGUUGUUGAUGGGAAGAAACGUUUCUUGGGCAGCGGGAAACAUGAUCUGAACACAGAGUGUGGCUGAUGUAGAAAACCAUUUCUAAGGCGACAUUCGGCUAGUAUUCAUAACUUUUGAUAAGUCAAAAUGAGUAAACUGAAUAUUUAGACGUGAGUAAAUUUAUUUGCUCGAAUAGUUGCCCUGAUUUCGCCAGAUCUGAUUAAGUUGCCUGGUACGCUGUACUUCACCGGAUAAGUUUGACCUUAACUUCUGAAUAAAUGUGUAUAAACUUUCUGUAUAAAUAGCAGGGGAGUAUCUCUCUGCUUCGCUGGAAACGUGGAGAUUUGUUUAUAGUAUGUUUUCGUUGUUUAUCUUUUCUGUUUUGUUGUUUGUAUAUUCAUACAUAGAUUGUUUAUAAUGAUAUGGAAAUUAUGUAAGAUAUUGGAGGACACUAGCUAGGUAACUAUGGCAAUGGCCACUUUACUUGUUCUGCGCAGAGCACUUAUAGAAGAAAGCUUGAAGCCACAGAAUAAAAAAGUGAACUAGUCUAAAGAUAGUCUUGGGCUAUUGACUGAUUAGACUCAAUGCUUCAGGAGAGAAAAUCCACUACUGGUACCAUUCAUUCAUAAACUAUUGUGUGGGUUGGAAAAUAUUUCGGGAAAUAUCAAUGGUACUGAUCAUCUUAAAACUUUUGCUUCACAAUUUUUUUCGAAAAUAUUUUGUCACAGUUCUGCGAGAUGACACUGGCCACAGUCCCCAAUGUUGACGUUGGGGUUGAAUCAGCUAAAGGCAUAGUCCUCAAUGCUGCAUGAUGUCGUGAUCUUUCAUUCAAGUAAAUUUCUACACUUUUUACUGACCUUGACCUUGACCUCGACCUUGACCUUUCUGUGCUCUAUGAGUGACUUCUCGGUGUAAAAAGAUCUGAAUUUUAAAUUAUCAGUUAUCAUAACGAUUAUAUUGUAGGGUAGCAAAAAUUCUAAAUUAUUGUGUGGAGGCCGACUCUGGAUCACAUGCAUCACUCCCUGAGGCGUAUCCUGUAGAAACAAGUAAAAUGCAAGUGUAACUCGUAUAUUUUGUCACAAUAAUUAAUAUUGCUGCUUUUUCAAUAUGGAGUUCUAGAAACUGCCGCCCUCUAGUGUCCAGUGGUAGAAUUAGACAUGUGGCGUACUCUAUUGAAUGCAUCUAUACUAACUUAUUCGUAUGCAAUGAUUGAAACGUCCAUCAGGAGUGUUGAUGACUCAAAAGAUGGCAGCACUAGUUCCAUUCGGGCAAAUUCAAGACUUGAGACUGUCGCCGUCAAAAUUAGGCCGCUGACUUCAUUCUGUUUGUUUGUACUUGCAUUGAAAUGGUAGAGUUUAAUCGCAAAGUGAAAUAUGCUCCAAAUCCAACAUUCUGGAAGUAAUCAUACCAUGGCAAUGUCCAUAUAAUCAGAGUGUGAGCUUGCCUUAGUGGUUACAAGUGCUAUGCCUCUACAGCACGAUGGCUUCUGAUGAGCGUUACGCUAUGAUAUUUUUUUAUACUUGCAUUUACCAGUUGUUUUGUCUGGUCACAUUUUGGCAAACUAUCGCAGGAAGGUUUAAAGUAUGUUUUGUAAGGUAUUCACUUCAUUCAUUUCAUCUCAAUGUUAGAGUAGGCCGCUGUUAUAAAGCAGAGUAACUUGAUUAUUCGCUGGGGAGUUCACUGGUGUUGUUGUGUCCAGUCUCGUAACAACAUAGUCGUGUCAAGUUUAUGACCCUCAUGCCAAACAGGGUCGACAGAGGGGUGAACCAAGUUGUUUUUACACUGCCAGGAGUAUAUACUCCCUUAUGAUCUGUUGAUGGUUGAGACAACAUCUAUGAUCUUGUAUAACGGGCAAUCUUGACGAGUGGCUUCUGAGGAGUUGGUUGUGAUCUCCUGCCUUUACUUCAUUAUGUCUGUAAGCAUCGCCUCAUUGCAAGGAACUCCUACUCUUGGCAUAAGUAUUGACAUAAACUGAAAUGUACAAGUAGCAAUCGAGGCAAGUCUGGAUAUGGAUGUUACUCUCUAUGCACUUAGUUCGUCUGCUUUUAAUGAGAAUUAGCUAAGCCCAAUUUUAAUAUGGUCAAUCAUUCUGACACUGACACAUCUGACUGUCUCUGGAGAAACCCUUAUCAAAAAUGUUUCAAAGGUGCUUUAAUGAGAACUACAAUGAAGCCAGUAUCACUAGAUAUGUCUUAAGCCACCUUCCCCAUCUUGUUAGGGAAAAAAACACUUUUGCAAUGUAUUGGGAUCUUACUGUGUUUUAAGGCCUUAAAGUACUUAUGUCAGAGAUUUAAGCACGGUUGUGGCGUCUCUUGAGAGGAUGUAAAACGGUAAUCCCGUAAUAGACCUUAGGUGAAGUAGAUUUUUCAUUAACAAAAGUACUGAUGAAUUCAUCGGGAGCCAGGGUAAUUUCUUGGUGGGUGUUCCUGUGCCAGGUUUUUUCGUCCCUUCGAACUUAAUAUCUGUGAUGUGUUUUUCAACCAAACAAGAGUGAAACAGUAGGUUAGGCUGAAAACGCACAAGUGGGGUACCAUGGUGUACCCCAUGCCUGUCUUCAGGGCAUUUGUCUAUAGAGUAAACUUGAAUGCAUUUAUUAAUGGCAGUUCUUGGGUAAGACUUGGCCAGGCAUCUGUAUGUGUGAUCUGCAAGUGGAACGACAUGUAUCGUCUUCUUGGCAAUCUUAGAUGGACGCUCCUGUUCUGGUCAUGAAUACCAUAACACUGAUCCUUGGUGCAGCUUCUGGAUGACCAGAACUCCUCCCUCGGGGCUGCUUGUCCUGGGUCAAGUGUCGGGAUGCAGUCGACAGUCAUUGGCUCGGUGUCGAGAGGAAAUCACAUGUAUUAACAAGCCGUGCCUCGUGAACUAUUAAGCUGUCGUGGCCCUACCAUUGCAGAUCUGGUCCUGCCAUCACAAUGUUCCCUUGGCUCCUUUUCACGUCCGUACAGAUGCAAAAUCAUAGCAAUAAUGUCACUUGUUGUUGUAUCACAGUGUCUGUUGUUGGCUUCGUGUGCGGAGCAACGCCAUUUUAUCAUACCGGCAAAUUUUAUCACGAGAACUGUGCAGCAGAGGGUUUUUAGCAUAUAAAGAUCAUCGGAAAAUUUCAUAGUGAACUUAACUACAUUUGAAGUUGGAGUUAGUCAAUUUCCCUGUUGUGCACUGCAAAUGCUGUAAACUGCCAAAUUUACGCACUAAUUAAUUUUUUGGCGACUUGCAAAAAAUUCAGAAUAUUUUUUUUUUAAAGAUUUUUUUAUUUUGGCAGAUUAUGAAAUUUCUGAAAAAUUUUUUUUUCAAGAUUUUUAUUUUGGCAGAUUAUUUGGGGGUUUUUUUUCCCUAUCAAAUGAAAUACCUGCGAAAAUUUGAUGGAUUGCGGUAACCAAGUUUGCAUGCAGGACAGGAGCACCUUGAUACUGUCAUUGUAUUAGAGUGUGUCACAUACUCUGGGGUUGUACACAUUAUGCAAGUUCAGAGCCGAAAAUUUUCAGUUGCCACCCAACAAAUUUGGCAUUCCUCAGGCUGAAAUCUUAACUAUUGUCACAACUCUUUCUCCCUAAAACAGAAUCUUCAAAUUUGUACAUAUUCAAAACCAACAUUUUGUUCCGUUCGUCAAAGUCGUAACGUUUUACCGGUGAAAUACGUCUUGUUUGGUGUCUGUUUUUUACGCAAAAACAGCCGGAAUGAAAUUUAGGGAAAAAUAAAUAAAAACCCGAUAGAUGGACUCAUGCAUUUUGGUUUCCUUGGUCGCUUCCGUUUUCAAUGUAAUGUAUAAUGAAUGAUCUGUUUCAACCUCAUCGUUCAGUAAUAAACCUGUGUAUAAUGAAUGAUCAAGUGGCUCAGACGUCAACCUGGGCACCAGGUGACACGUAGAUGUUGUCAAUCUGGUGACCAGGUGCACAUUUAGACAAUCGCAAUUUAUAAAGUACGGCUUUCAUCGUGUAUGAAUUGAAAUUCUGUAACAUAAAUGUCGCGGUGCGGUUUUACUGUGGAUAAAAACCUCGCCCUGGUUCAAUGGGCAACUUUUUACAUUCACUUCUUCUACCUUUUAGAGAUUUUAUGUGAUUUUAGAGAAAUAUUAGUUCGGGGAUUUGAAAUGCAGAAUGAUUUGAAUUGCCCUCUGUUGCUGCACUCAAUGGUUAUUCUGGUUUAAUCUGACUUGGACCGAAGUUGAGGUGGUAUCAACAGAGACCAGGUCCAGGUGGAGUUGUCUUUUCUUGCUGAAUAGUUGUCAUGGUUGUAGACCUGUGUUAAACAUGUUUCAUUUGUGGGAAUUUUGGGCUGUGGUGGAAAUAACAGGAACGUCUAUCAGGAGUAUUUAUAACUUAACUGGCAAUAUUGUCUCUUUGUGAUGCAAGACUUCAUUGGCCUAUUGCUCCAGCUAUCACUGAUGGGACAUGACUGCUCCUGAUGGGCUUGACAGUAGCUCGAUUGAACAAUAUUUAAAGGGGGGAUAUGUUAGGUGGUGAAUUCAGUUUGUGAUAUGAAAUAGUCAGGUCCAAAGUAACGGAAAAUUCAUGGUAGUCGGCCCUCUGUACUCAAUUAUUGAUGAUAUUACGUAAAAAACCUAACCGAAAUAGUGACAAAUUUUCAAAUUUGUUUUCGUAGUUCUGUUGCUUUGAAUCUUUCCAUAAAGUUCAUUUUAUAUACACACCUCAGUGGUCUGCUUGCCAUGUUAAUUCCAGUGUUAAUAUCCUCCUGUGUAGUCUCAUUUUGUGCUGCCAUCUUUUGCCAAAUAAUUGCAUUACAAUCGUGAUUUUUAGUUUGGUUCCCGCCCUACCUAAAGAGUAAGCGUCUGUCCAGAAGCAGUUAUGGUCACUUUUUUGAUGCAUCUGAUUUGCCAUUCAGAGUCUAAAUAGCGACAAGACAUGAUACUUGACCACUCCACCUGCUGGUAGGUGUGGAAACCAAACUAAGCGAUUCUAAGGGGAAGUUUUAAGUAAUGAAUUUGCGAUUUUAUGUCGGCCAUGACAUAAGGGUCUUGUUUUUUUCCACCUGUCAUCUGAAGUGAAAUUAUUGGCCAGAUCUAUAGACGCCUCGGCUUCAACACGUCAAUAAAGAGUGAAUGUUCUUAAGAAAUCAA